AUGGCAAGCACCCAAAAUAUUGUUGAAGAAGUUCAAAAAAUGUUGGAUACCUAUGAUACCAACAAAGAUGGUGAAAUCACAAAAGCUGAAGCUGUUGAAUAUUUCAAAGGAAAGAAGGCCUUCAACCCAGAAAGAAGUGCAAUUUAUUUAUUCCAAGUUUAUGAUAAGGAUAAUGAUGGUAAAAUUACAAUUAAAGAAUUAGCUGGUGAUAUCGAUUUCGAUAAAGCUCUUAAAGAAUAUAAAGAAAAACAAGCAAAAUCUAAACAACAAGAAGCUGAAGUUGAAGAAGAUAUUGAAGCAUUCAUUUUAAGACAUAACAAAGAUGAUAAUACUGAUAUUACUAAAGAUGAAUUAAUUCAAGGAUUCAAAGAAACUGGUGCUAAAGAUCCAGAAAAGAGUGCCAAUUUUAUUUUAACUGAAAUGGAUACAAAUAAAGAUGGUACCAUUACAGUCAAAGAAUUAAGAGUAUAUUACCAAAAAGUUCAAAAAUUAUUAAAUCCAGAUCAAUAA